AUGGUCCAGUGCCACACUGGCUACUGCUUCUUGGGCAACUACUACACAAAAUGCAUUCCACCCAAGCAACCAGCUUGUUUAUGUGGCACACGCAUACAGUCUUGCCACCACAUUAUCUGUAAAUGCACCUGCUACAAAACCGCAUGCUGGCAUCUCUGCAAACUGAAUGAGGACAUGUCCCUCACUGACGUCCUCGGAACCAAGAAGGGCCUCCAAGCUCUAGCCCUAUUCCUCCACAACUCCAACACCUUCAAGAAGAUGUUAACAGAGACUCCCCCCACCAAAACUGACAACCCAAGAGCAUCACAAUAG